CCAACACAGCGCACACUGGGAAAAGCAGGCGGGAAACGUAACAGCGAGACUGUAAAAGUGAAAGCGAGGAUGUUUACUCAGCUAAUUAUAGUUACAUAAUAGACGAUUUUCCCAAGAACGCCGCGGCGUCUCUGAUGCCAGGAACGGAGCUUCAGCCUAAAAGCCGAGCCGGAAUGGAAAGUCUCGCGUUUGGUGGCCUGUGACUUCACGUCUGCGAGGAGAAGCGGAUAAACGCGUGGGAGCUUUGUUAACGUGACGCCUCGGCGAGAAAUCAGAGGGGUGUUGUACACUGAAUUAAAAAAAUGGAGGGAUGAACGGAUGAGUCAGAGGGAGGAUGACCAACAGAUGGCACGGCAGAUAAGUUAGAGCGAACAAAGCGCAGGCUGACUUUCCGUGAUUGCAGUCCGGGCAAAGUGCAAAAGUGCAGAAAGGCGGUGAGGACGCCCGGGGGACCCUCAGCACGCGCUUGCAUAACGCCUGCAUGCUUCCAUGGGUCUGAAGUUGGGCUCCGAUUAACGAGGCACCAUGCGCUGGUUUGGCGAGUUACUCGGCGCUCGGUGGCGUUUGCAUUUCGUCUGGCUGUGUUUGCUGGGGUUUUGGGCAGCACCUGUGCUCCUGCAUCCUCAGUGCUUGGAUUUUAAGCCCCCUUUUCAGCCCCAACAGCAGCUCCGGUUCUGCGUUAUGUACAAGCACUUCGGCUGCUGCGACUAUGCCAGGGACCAGCAGCUGAUGAGGAAGUUUUACGAGAUUAUGGACAACUUCGACUAUUUUGGCUAUGCCACCUGCGCAGGGUACGUUCAGGACCUCAUCUGCCAGGAAUGUUCUCCCUAUGCUGCCCACCUUUUUGAUGCUGAAGACCCCAGCACACCCCUGAGGUCCAUUCCUGGACUCUGCCCAGAUUACUGCUCUCAGUUCUAUUCAAAGUGCAAGGCCACCAUCUCCCUGCUGUCUGACGACUCAAAGUUAUUAGAACUUCAGCACAACCAGAGCAGGUUUUGUCAGUAUCUGGAACUAGAUGACCAAGACUACUGCUACCCUCAUCUCCUGACCAACGAGCAGCUGAACAAAAACCUGGGCCGCGUGACGGCUGACUCCGACGGCUGCCUCCAGCUAUGCCUUGAGGAGGUGGCAAACGAACUCAGGAACCCUCUGGCUAUGGUGCACGCCAACGACGGCACCCACAGGUUUUUCGUUGCGGAGCAAAUCGGAUUGGUCUGGGUGUACCUUCCAGACAAGUCGAAGCUGGAGACGCCGUUCCUCAACGUCACCAAGGCUGUGCUGACCUCUCCAUGGGAGGGAGAUGAACGAGGCUUCCUGGGACUCGUUUUCCAUCCCAACUUCAAAUACAACGGCAAGCUGUAUGUCUACUACUCUGUAGAGGUGGGCUUCGACGAGAGGAUCCGUAUCAGCGAGUUUCGUAUCUCUGCCACAGACAUGAAUGUGGUGGACCAUAGUUCAGAAAGAGUUAUAUUGGAGAUCGAUGAACCUGCCUCUAAUCAUAACGGAGGCCAGCUUCUCUUUGCUGAUGAUGGGUACUUGUAUAUCUUCACUGGGGAUGGUGGCAUGGCCGGAGAUCCUUUUGGAAAAUUUGGAAAUGCACAGAACAAAUCUGCUCUCCUGGGUAAAGUCCUACGCAUAGAUGUGGAUGACAAUAACAGGGGGCCUCUGUACAAAAUCCCUCCUGAUAAUCCAUUUGUCCAUGAUCGCGAUGCUCGGCCGGAGGUGUAUGCCUAUGGGGUGCGGAACAUGUGGAGGUGCUCUGUGGACAGAGGGGACCCUCACACCAAAGAAGGGAAAGGACGCAUCUUCUGUGGAGAUGUGGGCCAGAAUAAAUAUGAAGAGAUAGAUAUAGUGGAGAAAGGCAGGAACUAUGGCUGGAGAGCAAAAGAAGGCUUCUCUUGUUAUGACAAGAAACUCUGUGCCAACAGCUCUUUAGAUGACGUUCUUCCAAUUUAUGCAUAUCCCCAUAAAAUGGGCAAAUCAGUAACAGGAGGAUAUGUGUACAGAGGCUGUGAAUGCCCCAAUUUGAAUGGAAUGUACAUAUUUGGAGACUUCAUGAGUGGACGUAUGAUGAGCCUAAAGGAGAACAGGAACACACGGAAGUGGGUCUACAGUGAGAUCUGUAUGGGCUUGGGCCAGACCUGUGCAUUUCCAGGCCUCAUCAAUAACUACUACCAGUAUAUCAUUUCUUUCGCAGAGGAUGAGGCAGGUGAACUCUACUUCAUGUCCACUGGAGUUCCAAGUGCAACGUCAGCCAGUGGUGUUGUGUAUAAAAUCGUUGAUCCCUCUCGACGUGCUCCUCCGAGAAAAUGCCAUUAUGACCCCAUUCCAGUCCGAGUCAAGAGCAACCUCAUAAAGUUCAGGCCAAAGGAAACAUUAACUGGUGUUGACACACCAACAAAACAGCCGAAAGUUGAAGUCCAGCCAACAGAGCCUCCACGGGUCACCACCAAAGACUGGCUUCAGGAGUUACUGGACACCCUCAGGGAGCAGGAGGCCAUGGGCAGGACCACGCCGUCUCCAAUCACUACAACAACCAGACCUCCCAGGCAGUCCCGUCCACGUAAAAGCAGACGCAGAAAAGGCAAGCGCAAGCCUGAGAGGGGCACAUACAGCGGGGCUGUGAGACUGGCUGGAGACACACACGGCCGGAAGGACCGUGGGAGAGUGGAAAUAUAUGCCAACGGAGAGUGGGGGACAGUCUGUGAUGAUCUCUGGAACACCAAGAACGCUGCUGUUGUCUGCAGACAGAUGGGCUUCCCCUAUGCACUAAAGGCCUCCAAACACUCGGAGUUUGGAGAAGGAAAACAACUGAAGAUCCUGCUGGAUGACGUGCAGUGUGAGGGUACAGAGGACACCCUUCUGGACUGCCAGCAUGCGGGUGUAGGCACCCACAACUGUGCUCAUUAUGAAGAUGCAGGUGUGAUUUGCGGUCAUUCAGAGCAUGUCGAGCAUUAGCGUUAGUGCAGGUAUACAAUCACAAUGGCCUCUGUGCAAAGUUCAGGUGGAAAAAGGGACAUUGACCUCGAAAAGUAGCACAUAGGUCUACCUCAUCCAUUGAAUCAAAAACAAAUCUUAGCUCAUAAUCUUUAUUUGAGGUUUUAAUUGUUGCAGAUCAUGCAGUUCACUCUUGCAUCUUCUUGUGUAUUAAGGUCCAUAAAAUAUGUGAAUACACAGCUCUUAUUUUGUAUUUCUCAAUAAAUAAUUCUGUGAAUUACCGUAAAAAU